AUGCCACAGCAGGCCAGGUAUGACAGCAAAAAGGACCUGAAAGUAAUAGAAGACUGGCAGAAUAUUACUUUCAAAUACAUGGAAAAAACCCAGAAGAGAAGAAAGACAUGGCUGACAGUGGGGCUCUCCUCUGUGUCACAAGGAGAUAGAAAGAGACUCUUCACCACCUUAGUCUCCGUGUUCCGUUCCGCCUCUAAGACUGAGCGGAAACAUUUCACCGUGCUGGUCCACUUGGCAGAUUCUGAUCUCACCUGGCUCAGAGAAACUGUUGCACAUAUUUCAAGCCUCUUCAGCUCACAGAUCUUGGCAGGCCAGUUGCUACUGAUCCAUGCUCCAUCCGAUGUCUAUUCCUCUGUGGAUGAGGCCUUCGAGGGGAAAUUCUAUUCCAAGGAGAACAUAGAUCACGCCUUCCUUGUCAGCUUUGCCACAAAGCUCUCUGAUUACUUCUUAUUAAUAGAGGACAAUGUCUUUUGUGCCCCCAAUUUUGUCACCCACAUUGUUUCAAAGGUGGCCGAAAUGAAGUCCAACCCCUGGGUGCUACUGGAGUUCUCCAACAGGGGCUUCCUUGGCAAACUCUUCCACAAUAGAGAUCUCCCACUCCUGGCCCAUUUCCUUCUCCUCUUCUACAAGGAGAAGCCCCUUGACAGACUGAUCUCUCAUUUCCGCACCCUCAUGGUCCAGGAAAAUCCAAUCUUCUGCAGACCAUUUCUCUUCUACCACCGGACCACAUAUGGCAUCUUCUAUGACAAGCAGAAGGCCAUGGUAUUUCAGGAAAAGAAUGCGUCUGGUCCUAACAACCCACCCGGAGCUGUUUUCACAGAUAUGAAAGUGUUUAAUGUUCAUUUCCCAUGGGAGGCCUACACUCUGGAUGAGUCAUUUUUUUGGACAUCCAACGUAAGUAUAGGAAACCACCUGACAGUGAUUCUGAACCAGCCAGCAAACCUGAGCAGAGUGCAAGUGCUGACUGGCUCCAUCGGAUGGAAGGUAUUCCCUGGAGAAGGGGCAAGUGGAGCUAGGAUACAACCGUGA